AUGAUAGUUGAAAGUAAUUACAAAGCAGUUGAAACUUUUGAUGUUAUAUAUGAAGAAGUUAAUUUGAUAGAUUUUGAAUUUGAUGAAAGCAUAAAAACUUUUUUUUAUCCUUGCCCAUGUGGAGAUAUUUUUGAAGUUACCUUAGAAGAUUUAUUCAAAGGAGAAAAUAUUCUCAAAUGUCCAAGUUGCUCGUUAACGAUCAAAAUUUUGUAUACUCCUGAGGAGUUACAUAAAUAUACAUAA